AUGUUCGGCCACUCUCUACUCGUCCUGGCUUUGGCUACUCUGGCUUUGGCUUGGCCUGUCCCGUACAAUGGUCCAAGUUCGACCUGCAAGGCCGGAAAGCCUGUUCCUGUUCUUCCUGUCAACGGCGGUUCCUCUGAGCUUUCCGCUCCUCCUCGGGGUGACACUCUGAAGCACAUUGCCCUUGGCUUCGGUAUUGAGAAUUACAGCUGCGCUGAUUCCGGUGGCAACCCGAUAGCUGCGGGUGCUUUGGCGGUUCUCUACGAUGUUACCUAUCUCUACCCGGGUCAAGGUCGUUCAUCCCUAACAGCACAGAAGUGGGCCUCCCUCCCCUCUGCUGUCCUGAAUACCGGAAAAGUUCCUCUAAACCGCAAUGGCGACGGUGGGGCUUUACCCAGCUAUCCCUUCCCCACGAAACAGUCUCUCAAGGUCAAGAGCCUUGGUAAAAACAUCCCCUAUCUUGGUCGGCACUUCUUCAAUGCUGCUGGUGUCCCCACCUUCGAUCUUGACAAGGUCAACCAGCUCCUCGUUGCUAAGAAGAUAGAAGGGAUCAAGGCACCAUCUUCUGCUGCAGCUGGUCCUGAAGUUACUGGUGCUGUUGAUUGGCUCUACCUAGUGAAUGCCGGAGGUAGCCAAGGUGUUUCCCGUGUCUAUCGCGUCUUAACUGCAGGUGGCGCUUCUCACGGCUGCAAGGCCAAGGGCGUGGACAGCACCUCUUACACGGCUCUCUAUUGGUUUUAUGUUGGCGGUACAUCUGAGGCGCUUUACGCGAUCAGCACGUCGCGUGUCUUAACAGGAGAUAUUGAAAUCGGCUCAACUGCUGACAGCUUGGACAUCCUUCACUUCUCGGGCUGCGGCGAUUCAGAGAAUUAUUCACUUUACUACAUUGCCGGCACGCCUGUGCUUGAACCCAGACUCCCGGCGGACGAUGUAUCUUCAUGGGCGCCCGACUGGCGCGUGCAGUCUAGGCCGCUCGUGCUUUUGCCUGAUCCCGGGUACAACGUAAAAUCCCAGUUUGCAGCAAACCUGUCGAAAGCAGAUUAUUUUUUCGACGACGACAAUCAGAGAUUGCAUGUUCGUGCACUUCUGGUAGAUCAGAUAGCUGGGUGUGGCUGGCCUUAUUAUCUAUCUUUCUGCCAGGAUCUCCAAAUGACUGAGAAUGACAUUUUCGAACAAUGGUACGAACUAGCCAAAGAGCAUUUGGACAGUAAUACCUUCGAGACUAUGUUCUCAUCAACUUUGGUUAUGGACGCAAGAGUGACACUUACGGAACGUGGAUCUCUAAACGUGAACCAAGAUGAGAUACCUACUUUAUUUGAACAUUGGAAGAAGGUGGUUGGCAAGAGCUCGGAGCCCUGGAUUCCGGACGACGCCUUACAGUCGAUCGAGGGCUUUGCACGCUACCGUUACCUUGCAGAGGAAGUCUGUCGGAACAGGGUAAUGUUCAUUACAGUAAAAGGUCGUUUAGGAUUGGGGUCAGCCCAUGCCUCCCCCGGUGCGGACAUAUAUUUAAUUCAUGGCCUUAAGACACCGUUUGUUGUUUUCGAGAACCAACAAGGACAUACCCUGCGUGGGGAAUGUUACGUGCACGGCCUGAUGGAUCAACAAGCUCAUGUUUCGGAUUCAGACGUUUAUCUUGAUUUGAUAUAA